AUGGCUGACUUCAAGUCCAACGGCGAGGCUAACAUGUCGGAUACGUCAUACUCUCAUCAAACACAAACCCACAAUACUGCUCAAUCAGGGUCAGAAUCUCAGACUCCUGCCCACGGUGUUGUUCGAACCGCUUCUGGCCGCGAAACCUACUUUCCCGAUGGCCAUGCUCAUGGCAACCACGGACUCUUCUCAUCGCACUCCUACACACAAGAAAGAUCAACAUCGGCAGGACAUGGAUUGUUCUCUUCCACCGAAGCGUCCCAAUCUCAUCCUACGGGAGAGGAGGUUGUGCCUCUCGACAAAGUCAACACAUCAAGCUCAUCCGACUCUUCGGAAACAAAAUUCGGGUCAAAUGGGGAGUCGCGAAAAGUAAAGCGAACCGCUACUUCAUCUUCAUCCGACAAUAUGGCUGGAGGCACGCUUCAACGUCGUGCCACCCGCCCUGAAAUCGACGACGAUGGCAGGCGGGAGUUGGCGCGCAUCUUCACAUCAGCUUCGAGAGUGACACAGCAGAUGAGCAUUGCGCAGCCCAAUGACCCACGAGUGGACCCCUCCAAUGAGGCCUUUGAUCUUAGCAAGUUCCUGAACAUGUUCCGGAACCAGCUUGAAGGUGAGGGUAUCGAGAUGAAGAAAGUCAACGUUGUCUACAAGAACCUCAACGUUUUCGGUUCCGGUAAGGCUCUCCAACUUCAGGACACCGUCGCGGAUCUUUUCAUGAUGCCCUUCCGAGCGAAGGAAAUCUUCGGCAAGUCAGAACGCAAGCAGAUUCUCCACAGCUUCGAUGGUAUCAUCCGAGCCGGCGAGCUUUGUGUAGUACUUGGACGUCCCGGAUCUGGUUGCUCAACACUCCUGAAGGCUCUCACUGGUGAGCUUCAUGGUCUGGAGACAGAUGAAUCACUCAUUCAUUACAACGGCAUUCCCCAAGAGCGCAUGCGCAAAGAGUUCAAGGGCGAGACAGUAUACAAUCAGGAAGUCGACAAGCACUUCCCUCAUUUGACUGUAGGCCAAACUCUCGAGUUCGCUGCGGCUGUCAGAACGCCAUCGAACCGACCCGGUGGAGCUACCCGCGACGAGUUCUCACAGUUCAUGGCCAAGGUCGUCAUGGCCGUGCUUGGACUGAGUCACACCUACAACACCAAGGUUGGAAACGACUUCGUCCGUGGUGUUUCUGGUGGAGAGAGGAAGCGAGUAUCAGUUGCCGAGAUGUUGUUGGCUGGCGCCCCGUUCGCGGCUUGGGAUAACUCAACUCGUGGCUUGGACUCGGCUACUGCGCUGAAGUUCGUCAAGGCUUUGAGGGUCGGCUCCGAUCUGGCUGGAGGUGCUGCUGCGGUGGCCAUCUACCAGGCUAGUCAGAGCGUGUACGACCAAUUCGACAAAGCCGCCGUUCUCUACGAAGGUCGUCAAAUCUACUUUGGACCUGCUAGCGAGGCGAAAGCCUACUUCGAGCGUCAAGGAUGGUACUGCCCACCUCGACAGACUGCUGGAGAUUUCCUCACAGCCGUCACCAACCCAGAUGAGCGAAAGCCCAGGGAGGGCAUGGAGAACAAGGUACCACGCACGCCAGAAGACUUUGAGAAGUACUGGCGCGACUCUCCCGAGUACAAAGCCCUACUCGAGGAAAUCAAAGACUUCGAAGCCGAGAACCCAGUCAACGAGCACGGCACUCUAGAGACACUGCGCCAGCAGAAGAACUACAUCCAGGCCAAACAUGCCCGCCCCAGGUCUCCCUACCUCAUCAGUGUCCCUAUGCAGAUCAAGCUCAAUACACGACGAGCGUACCAGCGUAUUUGGGGUGACGUAGCCUCUACAGCCACACAAGCCGGUCUUAACGUUGUCAUCGCUCUCAUCGUCGGUUCCAUCUACUUCGGUCACUCCAAUGGCUCCAGCUCGUUCCAAGGUCGUGGAGCAGUCAUUUUCUUGGCCAUUCUCUUCAACGCCCUUACGUCCAUUGGUGAAAUCUCAGGUCUAUACGCCCAGCGCCCUAUUGUUGAGAAGCACAACUCGUAUGCAUUCUACCACCCGUCGACCGAAGCUAUCGCUGGUAUUGUUGCCGAUAUACCCGUCAAGUUUAUACAGGCUGUAGUCUUCAACAUCAUUUUGUACUUCCUGGCACAGCUUCGGUACACCGCUGGACAGUUCUUCUUGUUCUUCAUCGUCACGUAUAUGGCAACCUUCGUCAUGGCAGCUAUUUUCCGCACAACUGCAGCCGUUACGAAAACAGCGUCGCAAGCUAUGGCAGGCGCCGGCGUCUUGGUGCUUAUCCUCGUUAUCUACACUGGUUUCGUUAUUCGCAUUCCCCAGAUGCCUGAUUGGUUUGGCUGGAUUCGAUGGAUCAAUCCCAUUUUCUAUGCAUUCGAAAUUCUCCUCGCCAACGAGUUCCAUGGGGUCAACUUCCCUUGUGAUAGCUUCAUCCCUUCAGGUCCCGGAUACUCCACAAAUGGCAACUCGUUCAUCUGUGACACUCAGGGUGCAAUUGCUGGACAGACGUUUAUCAACGGUGAUAGCUUCAUCGAGGUUUCGUACUCGUACUCCUGGAGCCAUGUUUGGCGUAACUUCGGCAUCCUUUGGGCUUUCCUGAUCUUCUUCUUGGUCACCUACUUCAUCGCCGUCGAGGUCAACUCUUCCACAUCCAACACCGCUGAGCAACUCGUCUUCCGACGUGGUCACGUUCCAGCUUACAUGCAACCUGGUUACAGCAAGGGUUCAGAUGAGGAAGCUGGAGCUGCCGGACAUGGUGAGAAUGAAGGUGCUGGCGAUGUCAGUGCUAUUGAGGAACAAAAGGGUGUUUUCACUUGGCGCAAUGUCGUCUACGAUAUCGAGAUUAAGGGUGAGCCACGCCGAUUGCUCGACCAUGUCUCUGGUUUCGUCAAGCCUGGAAGUAUGACCGCCCUUAUGGGUGUCUCGGGAGCUGGAAAGACUACGCUUUUGGAUGUUCUGGCUCAGCGAACCACCAUGGGUGUCAUUACAGGCGAUAUGUUCGUUAACGGAAAGCCUCUCGACCCCGCAUUCCAACGCUCGACUGGUUACGUUCAGCAACAGGAUCUUCAUCUAGAGACCUCAACCGUCCGCGAAGCACUACAAUUCUCCGCUAUGUUGCGCCAGCCCAAGACUGUCAGCAAGAAGGAGAAGCACGAUUACGUUGAAGAAGUCAUCAAGAUGCUGAACAUGUCCGACUUUGCCGAAGCUGUUGUUGGUGUUCCUGGCGAGGGCCUGAACGUUGAACAGCGCAAGCUCUUGACAAUUGGUGUUGAGCUCGCUGCCAAGCCGAAGUUGUUGCUCUUCCUUGACGAGCCCACUUCGGGUCUCGAUUCACAGAGUUCCUGGUCUAUCAUCGCCUUCCUCCGCAAGCUCAGCAAUGCCGGCCAAGCCAUUCUUUGUACCAUCCAUCAGCCCAGCGCCAUUCUCUUCCAAGAGUUCGACCGUCUCCUCUUCCUUGCCCGUGGUGGUAAGACCGUCUACUUCGGCGAUCUUGGCGAGAACUCCCGAACACUUCUUGAGUACUUCGAGAACAAUGGUGCACGUGCCUGUGGUGAAGAUGAGAACCCGGCUGAGUACAUGUUGGAGAUCGUGAACGCUGGCAAGAACAACAACGGUGAGGACUGGUUCGACGUCUGGAAAGCGAGCGAAGAAGCCAAGGGUGUUCAGCAGCAGAUCGAUCAACUCCAUGAGUCCAAGAAACAUGAGAACCUCGAUAUUGCAUCGGAGACUGGUGGUGGCGAGUUCGCCAUGCCACUGACAACGCAAAUCGUGGAGUGCACAUACCGUGCUUUCCAGCAAUAUUGGCGCAUGCCCAGUUACGUUAUGGCUAAGUUUGGUCUCUGCACCAUCGCUGGUCUCUUCAUCGGUUUCUCCUUCUACCAGGCCAACACGACACUUGCAGGCAUGCAGACUAUCAUCUUCUCGGUCUUCAUGCUUACAACCAUCUUUUCAUCGCUUGUACAACAGAUCCAACCCCUCUUCAUCACGCAACGUUCUCUCUACGAGUCCCGCGAGAGGCCAUCAAAGGCUUACAGCUGGAUCGCCUUCAUGGUUGCCAACGUCGUUGUUGAGAUCCCAUACGGUGUUAUCGCUGGUAUCCUUACCUUCGCAACUUUCUACUACCCGGUCGUGGGCGCGAGCCAGUCCAGUGAACGUCAAGGCUUGGUUUUGCUGUUCUGCGUGCAACUGCUCAUUUACACGUCCACCUUUGCCGACAUGACCAUCGCAGCGCUACCCAAUGCCGAAACAGCAUCAGGUCUCGUCUCGCUUCUCACACUCAUGAGUAUCCUCUUCAACGGUGUUUUGCAGCCUCCGAGCCAACUUCCUGGGUUCUGGUUAUUCAUGUACCGCGUCAGUCCGUUCACGUACUGGAUCGGUGGAAUGGUCUCGACCAUGCUUUCUGGUCGACAGGUUAUUUGUAGCGCGCAAGAAGUUUCCGUCUUCGACCCACCGGCUGGCCAGACAUGCGGCGCUUAUCUAGCCGAUUACGCUGCUGCCGCGGGCGGUACCAUCCAGAACCCGGAGGCGACCACUAGCUGCAACUACUGCUCGUUGAGCAACGCGGACCAGUUCUUGGCGGGUUCGUCCAUCUACUACGGCGAGCGAUGGAGGAACUUCGGCAUCAUCUUCGCCUUCAUCGGCUUCAACAUUUUCCUUGCUAUUCUUACUUACUACUUGUUCCGUGUUGCCAACCUCAAGAAUCUUUUCCACAAGAAGAAGGGUCCUGCUAAGGCGAAGGAGGGUGCGGAGAAGGCAGCGCAACAGGGUGGACACCCUGGAGAGCGAAGUGGAGAAAAGGAUGCUGGCACCGCUUGA